UGCCAAUCAGCACCUAAGCAAAGUUGUCGAAUUCAACAAAUGAGAAUCGAAACUCUAGUCAAUUGAGUUUCGUACCUACGCCUCAAAGGGUAGCGUUUUUAAAAUAAAUGGUUAAUACUUACUAAAUAUAAUCUCAAAAAUGGAUGUCUUUCUAAUGAUUAGGCGAAAAAAAUUAACCAUCUUCACGGACGCUAAAGACACGACAACGGUACUGGAAUUAAAGAAAAUGAUUGAAGGCAUCUUAAAGACUCCUCCCCCGAGUCAGAUGCUGUUCAACAAGGACAGCCAGCUCAUGGAUGACGAGAAGACCCUGGCGGAGUACGGACUCACCUCCGCUACAGCUAAAGCUCAGUGCCCGGCACCCAUCGGACUUGCUCUAAGAAAGGAAAGCGGCGAAUUUGAAGCUCUGGAUCUGACCCCGUACUCUUCCCCCCCGGACCUGCCCGACGUCAUGAAGUCACAGGAAGCCAACGGACAGGAGCAGAUGGACCAGCACUAAGCCUCCGGACAGCGCCCGCGCCGUGACACACACACACACACACACCGCAUAUAAACAUACUUAUUUUGUUAAUCAUUUAUCGAUUUGUGCUCGAUUUUAACAAUUCUGUUGCUACACAUUUGUUUGUAGUAUUUUUGUGAUGCUUUGUAACGGAUGACGUUUUUAUUCGGUGCGGGACAAGAUGCUGGGAGCUUCCGCGGCACGCCAAGGAUCAAAUCUCGACACUAUAUUGUAUCCAUUGUAUAUUAUGUGGAUCUCUACGUGGAAGUUUCUAGCAAAUGUAUCAGAACAUGAUUUUCACUCAUAAAAGGCUUUUGGCGAAAUAUUUCGCGUGAUAUUUAAUUACAAUAUCAAUCAGCACAUGAAUUAACUAAAGUAAUAUUAUAGCGAGUAUCGUCACGCGACGCGAGUUCGCCUCAGACCUGAGCCAUGACAUCUUGUUUAAAUAUUUCAAGUUUCUCCGAAUGUAACAUUCGUGCCUCAUGUUUGCACUAAACAAUAGUUUUUGUAUAACGCUGCAACUAUUCGGCAGGUUGCUCAGUAGGGCGGGGCCUGCAGAAUGUCACGGCAAUCUUACAUUCAAGGAACCUUCCUUUAAUGAUGUCUCCAUGCUAGGUUCAUACAAUCAUUGCAUUGUUUCGCUCAAUUUCUAAACGCUAGUUCAAAAUGAAAGAGACCUUUCACUGUCUAAACUGAAAAGAAAAACUAUUUGUAGUUUCAGUUUCAAAACUUUUGACGUAGGAAAUGGCACAUUUGUGACCAUAUAACAUUCUAGUUUAGAUAGUAAAAGGGCUGUUUAAAUAGGCUUUUAAUUUACUUAUUUGCUUUUCCCUCGCUGUAAAAAUCUAGCCAGUAAAAGUAAUUUAAAUGUAACUACUUUUUUAUCAUUUUAUUAAAAGGGGUAGGGGUAAUGUCAACUUGAUUAUUUGAUGGUUCGUUGUAACCGUGUGUUACAGUGUAACGUAAAUUAGGAGGGUGGAUUCAUAUGCGUUUUUCAUCGCGUUACAAUGGAAGAUGACUACUAAUUAAAUAAUAUCUUGAUGAACUAAUUUGGGUGAUACUGAGAUGUUAAUUUGUAUUGCUAUAUUGUUUUUAUACUAUUUUAGUACUUACAAAAUAAAACUGAUAAUGUUUAUUUGGCUCGUGUGUAACAAACUUAUCAGUAUUCCGUCAUUAUUUAUUAACUAACAAUUUUUUGUCGUUUUUUUUCUAUUUCAACGAACAACCAGCGGCGAGCCCCGCUCAGCCCCCCACCCCCCGUACGUGGGGGGCGCAUUCACCUCACUAGCCUAACUUCUCUGUUGCUUAUAUCUGUCUCUGUCACGUCGGGUGCACUAGCAUAGCCCUUAUUACGAAACAAUAAGGCAUUUUUAGGAUAUUGACGUCUUGCCUGUAUUUUACGUGAAGUACGCAUAAUCCUUGCUCUUGAAAUGAGUGCACUCGAUACUAGCGCCAUCAUAUCAAGUGGCGCGGCAUAAAACAGAACUAAAGUGUUGCCAGCUGCGCCACUGUUGGACGCUCCAAUAAGUUGAUUUAUUUUCUUAGCGUAAGGUUUAAUAAUGAUUUGUUAUACAUAACGAGGUUAUACGAAUUGUUAAUGCAUUUCUUGAAAUUAAAAUGGUUGAAGUGUUGUUUUUAAAGUAUGAAAGUAAGAACCUAAAAAAUAAUUUAGAUAUUAAUUAAAUGGAAUGGGUUCUAUGUUUCCGUACUUAGCACAACUAUUCAACUGAUUCUAAAACUUUAUUUUUGUAUACAUAUUUCUUACGAAUUUAUAAUUUCAAGUCCUGUAUAUUAAGUUUGCUCGACAGAUAUAACCAACAGACCAUUGUCCAUUGUACAUCUUUUUUUAUGAUAAAAUAUUUAACUAGCAUAGUUGGUAGCUGAUACUUGUAAUAGGGAGUAAAUAGGAGCUUUUCAUCACGGGGCUGCUGCGCCCUCCAUUGUGAUUUAAUAAUAACUAAUAUGGUGUCCGCUUCUUACACAGAAAACUAUUUCAUAGAAUGUAAUGUUUCGCAGAAUUUUCAUUUCAUAUAAACUUCUAACAGAAAAAUAGGUUAGGUUGGAACUGCGACCCUUUGCGAAAAAAUAUGUUUUCUAUGAAAUGAAAAUUCUGCGAAACAUUACAUUCUAUGAAACAAUUUUCUGCAAAACAAGGUACAUCCAACUAAUAUAAAUCCCGUCGCCAGUCCUCGACGGAUCGCUAUUUACUUUUUUAACGGGAACUUUUAAGCACGGAUUGUAUUUAUCUCGAGUUGGUCAAUUUAGGUGCAUAGCUAGCUAAUAUGGCCCACGGGUCGGCGAGGUUAUUUUCAGAUCUAAUCCAAGUUAGAAUAGUUGGGUAUUAAACGAUAUUGCACUUUAUUGUACUAUAACAUAGGAUAGCUAAUCAAACCAUCGUUCACCAUGGUCACUUAGGAAAAAUGUUUUCAUACAAAAAUUUAAUCUGAAUGGGGUAGGCAUCUAUCAAUUUCUUUGUCUAUGACAUUGUUGAAUUUCAUACAUAAAACCUAUAAUUAGCUUUUACCGGCCUUUAUUCAGAUGUGUCUGAGAUGGCCCAGUGUAGGCUGAUAAAUUCAAUUAUUUAAUUUUGUAUGAAGACAAAGCUGUACCAGUACAGUACCACGCGUAAAAUUUCAAUAUUUCUUGGUUAACCAGUAUAUAACCACGAUGGUGUUAUUCAAUAUUGGUUCCCCGGUUAGGUAACCUUAGUGGUUAGUCAUUAUAUCCUCUCGUACAACCCCGUUUCGAUGAUGGAUAAGUCACAUAAUCAGUGUAAUUAUUUAUUCAGUCUCUUGUGAGUAGAGGCAGACAAAGAACCGAUUGCCAAAAUAUUUCGCUUCUAAAAAUUAGGUGCUGGCAUCACUAUGAUUUUAUAGUAAUCCUUAUUUCGCCCAGUAUAGAAGUUUUUAAUUUAAAUAUUUUUAGAAAGUUUAUUUUAGGAAAAUUACACCUUUUGUACGCGUCGGUUCUUUGCUAUGGCUGUACCUGCAUUCUGCAUUAGUGAUGAUUCAACUAGAGACACAACGAGACUAGAGUAUGUAUAAAAUAGCGUAGUAUUUCAUGUGCGCGUAUGAAGUCUACAAUUAAAUGAACCAGCAGGAAAUAAAGCUGUUUUGAUUUGU